AUGCCCUCUCCCAACAACACCGACCUCAGCCUUUCCUCCUUCGUCUUGGCCGGCACGGCCGGGCUGGAAGCUGCCCGUUUCUGGCUGGCGUUCCCUCUGUGCUCCAUGUACCUCGUGGCCAUUGUAGGCAACGGCGCGGUGGUGUUCAUUGUAAAGACGGAGCUGAGCCUCCAUGCCCCCAUGUACAUCUUCCUGUGUAUGCUGGCCUCCAUCGACCUGGCGCUGUCCACCUGCACCGUGCCCAGAAUGCUCUCCCUCCUGUGGUUUGACUGGAGGGAAAUCAGCUUCGGCGCCUGCCUGCUCCAGAUGUUCCUCAUCCACUCCCUGUCUGCUGUCGAGUCCACCGUCCUGCUGGCCAUGGCCUGGGAUCGGUACAUGGCCAUAUGCCACCCUCUGCAGCACGCGACCAUCCUCACCAAUCCGGUGAUGGCGAAGAUAGGCCUGGCUUCUGUGGCUAGGGGUGUGAUGUUCUUCCUCCCUUUGCCCUUGCUCAUUCUUCGCCUAUCGUUCUGCGGCUCCAACGUCCUGUCGCACUCCUAUUGUUUGCACCAGGACGUUAUGAACCUGGCCUGCACCAGCACCACGGUCAAUGUCAUCUAUGGCUUGACUGCUAUCCUCUUGGUGAUGGGGCUCGACGCGCUACUGAUUGCCUUGUCCUACUUCAUGAUCAUCAAGGCUGUCUACCAGCCCUAUAGCAGAGCGAUCCCCUGGAAAAGACUUGUCUGCAGCAGUCCAUCCAUCAGUGGAGCAAUUAGAGAACAAAAGAACGGCCAUAUUGGGUAA